AGGAAAAUGAGUGGGCCCUCGUGUAGGAGCAGCGCGGCAGAAGCAGCGGCAAAGGUGACAUCAAUCUUCAUAUACCCAAUCAAAUCUUGCCGUGGAAUCUCUGUUUCUCAGGCAGCCAUCACUUCCACUGUUCCAACUUCUAUUGUGUGUGAAUAUACAGGAUUUAGGUGGGAUAGACAGUGGUUGAUUGUGAACUCCAAUGGUAGGGGAUAUACUCAGAGAGUUCAACCAAAGCUUGCUCUAAUCCAAGUGGAGCUACCAAAUGAGGCAUUUUCUGAGGGCUGGCUACCUACUAAAAGCUCAUUUUUGGUGAUCAGAGCUCCUGGUAUGACUGAGCUAAAGAUUCCUCUGAGUAGACCUUGUGAAAUUUCUGAUGGUGUCUCAGUGUGGGAAUGGUCUGGCUCUGCUCUUGAUGAGGGGCCUGAAGCAUCAAAUUGGUUCUCCAGUUAUCUUGGAAAACCCAGUCGGCUAGUGCGUUUCAAUGAAGGAAAGGAGAACAGGCCUGUGGACCCUAAUUAUGCGCAUGGAUACAAUGUUAUGUUUUCCGACAUGUAUCCAUUCCUUUUGCUGUCCCAGGGAUCAUUGAAUGCUCUAAAUAAGCUUCUCAAGGAGCCUGUAUCAGUCAACCGAUUCAGACCCAACAUCUUUGUUGACGGCUGUGAACCAUUUUCUGAGGACUUGUGGAAGGAGAUGAAGAUAAACAAGUUGACAUUCCGUGGUGUCAAACUAUGCUCCCGUUGCAAGGUUCCCAAUAUUAACCAAGAAACUGCAAUUGCAAGCGCUGAGCCAACUCAAACUCUGAAGAAAUUUCGGACAGAUAAAGUCCUACAUCUAGCAAAAAACCCACAGGGCCUGGUAUACUUUGGCCAGAACUUAGUUUGCAUUGAAUCCUCCACUGAAGGAAAGGGAAAGAUAAUCAAAGUGGGAGACCCUGUUUAUGUACUAGAGGCAAUACCCUCCCCUGCCGAAGCAGCUGUUUGA